AUGGAGGCUCUGAGAGCCAAAACGGACGACGUGCUGAAGGCGUUACGAGAAAAGGAAGCUGAAGUGGUACGGCUCCGUGAGGACCGCGGGCGGACCACGUUUUCUCCGGAUAAACCGCUUCCUUGCUCAACGGCUAAGCGGAUUACGGUUACCGAUGAUGGUGAACUAAGCCAGAGCCAAAUAGCUGCCCGUCAGGCUGUCCGCGAUGACGAAAACAUUCUUCGCCUGCAAGGUGCGUUGCGAGGAAAAGCGCUACGCAUGGUGCAAAGCCGCCUACGCAACGCGGAUAAUUUGGAUCAAAUUAUGGAAGCAUUGGAAAAGUCCUACGGCAGAGCGGACGUUCUCGUUAACUCGCUCCUCGAGCAGAUACGCGAAGCACCGGCGCUGAAACCAGAUUGCCUAGAUAGCUUUAUCGAGUACGGUGAGCUGGUAGCAGAGAUUUGUGCGACCGUCAAGACGAAAGGAGCGUCCGAGAGGCUGUACGAUGCAGCGUUGCUUCAAGAGCUGUUGGACCGGAUGCCCGCGUUUCUACGAUGGAGCUGGGGAAUGCACAGGCGGCAGCUGAAAGGUGUUACGCUGAACGACUUUGGUGCAUGGAUUCAAGAGGCGACGGAUGGAGCGAUGGCGGUAACUCCCCCCCAGCCGAAGAAGAAGACGACAACACGACAGGUUCACGCGCAACAUGUGGAAACGCAUGUAACCCAGUCCAGCAGAAAUCGAGCAUGUGCGGUGUGCAAUAAGGACACGUGUGUGGCGGUUGGUGAGUGUAUAGUUUUUAACCAGCUUAGUGUUUCAGCCAGAUGGGAAAAGGUACGCAGCUUAAAACUGUGUAAACGUUGCUUAGGAAAGCACUACGGCCCGUGCUCGGUACGUGUUGAAUGCGGUCUGCAAGGAUGUGUGGCUAAACAUCACCGCAAAUUACAUCGUACCACCAGUGAGGAGCGACCGGUUGAAAUUAAUCAUCAUGGUACGAGAACAGACAGUAUGCUGUUGCGAUACGUUCCGGUGAUGCUUCAUGGGAAGAGCGGUCCGGUUUACACCCACGCGUUGCUAGACGAGGGGUCGACGGUGACGCUGAUGGAGCAGGAGCUUGCAAGAGAGCGAGGAGUUUCCGGUACUCUCGAUCCGCUAUGUCUGCUGUACAGUGCUGGCCAGAAACGUGAUGAACACGAGUCGCAGAGAGUGACAGUGCAGGUGUCUUGUGUCGAAGAAAAGGCGCCUGUUUACUCGAUGACCGAUGUGCGGACGGUUAGCCGGCUUUCACUCCCUAGACAGACGGUCGAUACAGAAGAGCUAAAACGCAAGUUCGCGCAUCUCGCGACGAUUUCAGCACAGUCAUAUGAAAGUGCUUCUCCACGCCUGUUGAUAGGCAUCGACCAGUAUAGGCUGACGAGACCUCUGAAAACGAUAGAAGGAAGUGCGAGACAACCGACAGCUACCAAGACGCGAUUGGGAUGGCUCAUAUUUGGUAAGUGCACAGACUACGAUUACGGUUCAAAUUUAGUGCAGCCAGAGUCAAGCUACCACAUCUGCGAUUGCCAAGGAGCCAUCUCAAGGGCAGAUCGUAUGAUGGCAGCGUAUUUUGAGGUCGACGGUUACGGUCCCGCCAAGCAGCUGUCGCUUUCGAAGGAAGAUCAACGAGCGCUGGCGAUCCUGCAAGGCAACACGAGGCACAUCGAUGGGCGGUACGCAACCAGUUUGCUAUGGCGGAGUGACAACAUUUUUAUACCGGAAAACCGUCACAUGGCUGCAUCAAGGAUGGAGUGUCUCGAGCGGAAAAUGCAACGAGAUCCGAAUCUCGCCGACAACGUAAACCGAAUCCUCAGGGAGUAUUUGGCGAAAGGUUAUGUCAGGCAACUAGGAACGGACGAGCUGAAGGUGUUUUAUCCCAGGAAGUGGUACCUACCUGUGUUUCCUGUUACUAACCCUAACAAGCCAAAUAAAAUCCGCUUGGUUUGGGACGCAGCGGCUGAAGUGAAGGGUGUCUCGCUUAACAAGAAGUUGCUGACCGGACCAGAUCUGCUGACACCGCUACAAACCGUGUUGUUUCGUUUUCGCGAGUGUAGGAUCGCGGUGGCGGCUGACAUUCGCGAGAUGUACCACCAGGUACAGAUUGACGGUGACGACGUGCACAGCCAGCGUUUUCUAUGGCGAUGGGGCGACACCAAUGCAGAACCGCAGGGGGCAAAAAAAAAUAGAGACUCGACUGACGUCAUAGACUGGAUAAAUGCGGACCAUCGUAAGUACUCUAUUUUCGUCGCUCACAUGGUUGCAGAAGUUCUGGAGACAACUACUGUUGACGAUUGGAGGUGGCUUCCAACCAAGCUGAAUGUAGCCGAUGAAGCGACGCAGUGGACCAACCUAAAACAUCAUCUCGCUUCCAACCGAUGGUUGGACAUACCUGAAACUGCACAUACCUGA